UUCCGAGCCUCGCUUGAUAGCGGGAGGUUCUGUCCGAUAAGAGAGGUUUGACAGGUAAGGGAGGCGUGCACUCAUUUCUGUCUAUUUCCGCUAGGAUAGAAGAUAUUAAUCAUUCGACAGGAGUGUGCAUAUAGAGUAGAAGAGAAGCACCAUCACAAUGUGGAAAGCUCAAGCUGGCCAUCAGAUUGUUAUCGACAAUGGUAAUGAUGACGAUGAUUGGGAGACUGAUGCAGAUUACGUCAACAACAUGACAGAAGAGGAGCAAAGAUAUGGCACAAAACGGGACAUCGGUGCUAUUAAUAUGAAAGAAUAUCGGGAGCAAGCCAUCAUUGCAGAUGCUGAGAUCAAGCGCAAGGAGUCUGAACAAGGGCCAAAAGCAUCCUAUGGCUAUGGGGGGAAGUUUGGUGUGCAGAAGGACAGGAUGGACAAAAGUGCAGAAACUCAUGAAUACAUAGGAAAAGUGGAAAAGCAUGCCAGCCAGAAGGACUACUCGACAGGCUUUGGAGGGAAGUUUGGUGUACAGAGUGAUCGCAAGGACAGCUCUGCUGUUGGCUGGGACCACAUUGAGAAGGUUGAUAAGCAUGAGAGCCAGAAAGACUAUUCAAAGGGCUUUGGCGGAAAGUUUGGUGUGCAGAGUGACCGUCAAGAUAAAACGGCAAUGGGCUGGGAUCAUGUUGAAAAUGUUGAGAAACAUGGUUCACAGAAGGAUUACUCCAAGGGUUUUGGUGGCAAGUUUGGUGUGCAGUCUGACCGACAGGACAAAUCUGCUGCAGGAUGGGACCACAUUGAAAAGGUUGAGAAACAUGAGAGUCAGAAAGACUAUUCUAAAGGUUUUGGAGGAAAGUUUGGAGUGCAGAAGGACAGACAAGAUAAGUCAGCUGCAGGUUGGGACCACAUAGAGAAAAUGGAAAAACAUGAAAGUCAGAAGGACUAUUCCAAAGGAUUUGGAGGAAGGUUUGGUGUACAGAAGGAUAGACAGGAUAAGUCUGCAGCAGGUUGGGAUUAUAUAGAGAAGACAGAGAAACACCAGAGUCAAAGAGACUAUUCUAAAGGUUUUGGUGGGAAGUUUGGAGUGCAGAAGGACAGACAGGAUAAGUCUGCAGCAGGUUGGGACCACAUUGAGAAAACGGAAAAGCAUGAAAGCCAGAAAGACUACACACAGGGAUUUGGUGGCAAAUUUGGUGUGCAAUCUGACCGUCAGGACAAAUCUGCUGCAGGAUGGGACCAUAUUGAGAAAGUUGAGAAGCACGAGAGCCAGAUGGACCACUCCAAGGGCUUUGGUGGUAAAUUUGGUGUUCAGUCAGACCGCAUGGAUAAGUCAGCCCACAAGUUUGAGGAAAAGCAAGAAAGCAUUGGAACCAACUACCAGAGGACCAAGCCAGAUAUCCAAGCUUCAGAGAAGGCCUCUAACCUAAGAGCACGUUUUGAGAACCUUGCUGCUAACCAAGAGGAGGAGAGAAAGAAGCAGUUGGAGGAGGAGAAGAAGAAGAGAUAUGAGGGAGAUGCUGCAAUCAUUCAGCAGGAGAAGAUGAGGCUAGUGCAGGAACAGCAGGAGGAGGAGGAGCGGCUACGUAAGAAGCAUGCAGAUGAAGAGUACUUGAGAGAGCAGGUCAAGCAGAAGCAGUUGGAAGCAGCAAUGAAGAAACAGGAGGAGGAGGAGCAGUUGAGACUUCAGCAACAAGAACAGCAGGAGAUGGCAAGAAUUGCAGAGCUGGAAAAGAGGGAAGCAGCACUAAAGAGGCAGCAAGCAGAGGAGGAGGAGCGGAGGAGACAGUUGGAGCAGGAGGCAGCAUCGUCAAGAGAACAGGCUGAGCGCGAGGCAGCUGAAGAAGCAGCGGCCAGGGCAGAGAAGGAGCGCUUGGAGGCGGAAGUGCGCAGGCAAGAGCAGCUCCUUAUGGGCAACCCACAGAUCCCAGCAACAGAGGUCGCAGAUGCCCCGGAACCACAGGAUGAGGGAAUGGGUAUCACUGCAUUUGCACUGUACGACUACCAGGCAGCGGACACUGACGAAAUAUCAUUUGAUCCUGAUGACAUCAUAACCAAUAUUGAAAUGAUUGACGAGGGUUGGUGGCGAGGCUGGUGCAAUGGGCAGUAUGGGCUCUUCCCGGCCAACUACGUGCAAGUGCAUAGCCCCACCCAGUGAGGCCAGAGGUCCUGGGAGGCCAAGUGCCAUCCCAGCAAAAGAUGACAAAUGGCAUAGUGCCCUAGUUGCCAUGGAUUCUGCUUGUGGGCAUUUGUGAGCCGUGACAGAUAAGAAUGCCGUGUGGGACUAAUUAUUUUUGGCGUGUUUGAAAUUAGUGAUUAUUUACACCCUUUUUACAGUUUCUUUUGUUUCCCUCCUAUUCUGUUGUGCUCUUCAUAAAACAAGUGGAUGGAGUUCUUUAGUAUUAAGGAGAGAAUGAAUAAUAUUUUUACAUUUGAAUUGGAGUUUUAGCUCUUGUUUUGUUUUAGUAUAUUCUCAGUGACCAAGUGUGAUAUAACAUUGAUACAUGUUUUAAUGAUCUUUUGGUGCUGUCAUUUUAUUGGUUGAAGUACAUUUAAUUUCUGGCCUGUUAGUGAUUUCUUCUGUAACCUACAGUAUGAAAUUUAUUAUUUUCAGACUGUCUAUUCACCAGAUUUAUUGUGUGACAAUUGUUUUUUAUGUAUGGAAGUGAGGAAAGGAAGUACACAUAGCAAAAAAAGGCAGACUUUUGGGACUGGAGAUCUGGUGAGAUAUCUUUUCUCGCUCAUUCUAGGCCUAUGAUUUUACCACAUAGGCCAUUUUCUUGAUGUGCAAAAGGAGAUGCUUUACUCUCUGAUAUGAAAUGUUGGAGAAGCAAUUCUCUCUGUGACUUUUGUGAUGUACAUAUUUUUUUAUAUGUAUAUAAUAUUAUGAACAACAUUUGGUGCAUAUUAGGGAAACUCUUAGAAUUAAGCAUGACAAGAAAAGUUACAUAUUAAGAUUUUCAUGAUAAAAGUUGAGGCUUCUCCAUUAAAAAAAUAUAAUAAUAAUAAAAAAAAAAAAAAAAAAAAAAAAA